AUGAGUGUCCAACUCCCCCCAGCCACGCACCGCAAGCGCGCCCUCCCCCAGGGCGAACUCGAAGCAGCCUCAACCCUCAAACUCGGCGCCGAUCAAAACACACAUACCCUCUCGCUGUCGGAGGCACGGCUCGUCAUCAACAAGGUGCUGGAGAAUAAGCGCCGCGGGGGGAAGAAAUACGAGGAACCGGAGAAUCUUACCAAGACGCUGGAUUACCUCGAGGUAUUUGCGCGGUUCAAGGACGAGGAGAACAUCAAGGCUGUGGAGCGGUUACUGAACUCGCAUACUGAGCUGGAGAUGUUUGAGCGGUCGCAGCUGGGGAGCUUGUGCUGCGAUAAUGCUGAAGAGGCCAAGUCACUUAUUCCGAGUCUGCAGCAUAAGAUCUCCGAUGCGGAUUUGCAGGAGCUGUUGGAUGAGUUGACGAAGCUGAGGAAUUUCACGGAGUGA